AUGUCCGUCAUAAAGCUCUACGAAGCUGUCCUGGAUGAGCUCGCAACUCCUCAUGAGCAUGGCUUCACACACCACGCGGACGCCUUUACGCACCCAGAGCUGUCUAUCGACGGCCUGGACGAGCUGCUGACGUGGCCGCUCAGCGACGCCCAAGCGGCGACGCUCGCCGCGCUCUACGGCCACGACGCGACGACUACGGUCGUGCCAUGCGAAGCGAUCUCGGUCGACUCCGAGCCGGUGCAUCUAUACGCACCAGACUCGUAUUACGAAGCGGUCCAGGACAAGCUGGCGCCGAGCGAGUGGCAUGGCCGUCAUGAGCUCGCGCACCUCGUCAUUCACGCUGCUGGUAGCACCGACACGAGCAGCUUCUUGCAGCCAUGCGUCGAGGACGGCCAUGUGUUUGGUCGGCUCAUUGUGCUUUUACCGUCGUACUGCGUCGGCGGCCACGUCUCGCUCACGUACACCGACGAGGACGAGGCAUGGGCCGUGGCCACGGCCGCGCGGCCGCCGACCGGCCUCUCUUUUGCCGCAUCUGCCUCGUUCCUCUCGACGACCGUGGCAUCGGGCCCCAUCGAUGACGGACGGCGCGUCGCGCUCGUGUACCAUCUCAUGAACGAGCAUCCGACGCCGGACGACCUUUUCGCCGCGGCGCCGCCCAACAUAGCAAUCCUUUUUUGA